CCCGCUCGGGUGAGCGCGGGGAAUUCGGUGACCCGCCUUCGGCCCCGCCCAUCAUGAACGCCAGCGGCUCCGGCUACCCGCUCGCCUCGCUGUACGUGGGCGACCUGCAUCCCGAAGUGACCGAGGCCAUGCUCUAUGAGAAGUUCUCUCCCGCCGGCCUCAUCCUGUCCAUCCGCGUGUGCCGCGAUGUGGCCACCCGGCGCUCGCUGGGCUAUGCCUACGUCAACUUCCAGCAGCCUGCCGACGCGGAGCGGGCACUGGAUACAAUGAAUUUUGAGGUGAUCAAAGGCCAGCCCAUCCGCAUCAUGUGGUCCCAGCGAGACCCAGGACUUCGCAAAUCAGGUGUAGGCAACAUCUUCAUCAAGAACCUGGAAGACUCCAUUGACAACAAGGCUUUAUAUGAUACCUUCUCUGCCUUUGGGAACAUUCUCUCUUGUAAGGUGGCGUGUAACGAGCAUGGUUCCCGAGGCUUUGGCUUUGUCCAUUUUGAGACCCAUGAGGCGGCACAGCAGGCCAUCAGCACCAUGAACGGGAUGCUGCUGAAUGACCGUAAAGUCUUUGUUGGCCACUUCAAGUCCCGACGGGAGCGGGAGGCGGAACUAGGAGUGCGAGCCAUGGAGUUCACCAAUGUCUACGUGAAGAAUCUCCAAGUGGAUGUGGAUGAGCGGGGCCUGGAGGACCUCUUCUCCCAGUUUGGAAAGAUACUGAGCGUGAAGGUGAUGAGGGACAACAGCAGCCACUCCCGGGGCUUUGGCUUUGUCAACUUUGAGAAGCAUGAGGAAGCCCAGAAGGCCGUGGUCCAAAUGAAUGGGAAGGAGGUGAGCGGGCAGCUGCUCUAUGUGAGCCGGGCCCAGAAGCGGGUGGAGCGGCAGAGUGAACUGAAGCGCAGGUUCGAGCAGAUAAAACAGGACCGGCUGAACCGCUACCAGGGUGUAAACCUGUAUGUGAAGAACCUGGACGACUCCAUUGAUGACGAGAAACUGAGGAAAGAGUUCUCUCCCUAUGGAGAGAUUACUAGUGUGAAGGUGAUGACAGAGGGUGGCCACAGCAAGGGGUUUGGCUUUGUGUGUUUUUCCUCCCCAGAAGAGGCAACAAAGGCCGUGACAGAGAUGAAUGGGCGUAUUGUGAGCACCAAGCCACUGUAUGUGGCGCUGGCCCAGCGCAGAGAGGAACGGAAGGCCAUCCUGACCAACCAGUACAUGCAGCGCCUCACCACCAUGCGGUCUCUGGGCAACCCCCUCUUAAGCUCCUUCCAGCAGCCCACCAGCUACUUCUUGCCUGCUGUGCCCCAGCCUCCAGCCCAGGCUGCGUUCUAUGGCUCUGGAUCCUUGACACCUGCCCAACCUGCCCCCAGGUGGAUGGCCCAGCCACCUAGACCUUUGUGUGCCUCAAUGGUUCGACCAUCAGGCAUGUCUCGUCGACCCCUGACCCCUGUCAGCAGUGUCAGACAGGCCUCUACCCAGGUGCCACACCCUGUGUCCCACACCCAAGGAGUGGCCAACAUUGGUACCCAGACCACAGGACCCAGCGGGACAGGAUGCUCCACACCAGGCCGGCCUCUUCUGCCAUACAGGUGUUCCUCAGCAGGACACAGCACCCAUGGGGUCCAGGAGCCUGCUAUGCACGUCCCUGGACAGGAGCCCCUGACUGCGUCCAUGCUGGCUGCAGCGCCCCUACAUGAGCAAAAGCGGAUGAUUGGGGAGCGGCUCUACCCCCUUAUCCAUGAUGUCCACACCCAGCUGGCUGGCAAGAUCACAGGCAUGCUGCUGGAGAUUGACAACUCAGAGCUGCUGCUCAUGUUGGAGUCUCCAGAGUCCCUCCAUGCCAAGAUAGAAGAGGCAGUGACCAUGUUGCAGGUACACCAGGUCGUGGAGCAGCCAAAGGUGUUCAUGCACUGAAACCAGAAAAUGGAAUCCUGGCCCCCAUGGCUGCCAUCAGAAGUGUUUCCUGCUCUCAGUUUGAAGGCUCUGUGAACUGUAGCUUGUGUCCCAAUUGGCAUGUAUCUGUACUUGAGCUCUGUAUGUGGAAUGAAGGUUGGUCAUCCAUCCAGUCUAUUACCCUUUGCUUUGUGCAUUAAAAGUGCUGCAAAAUCGA